UUAAAACAACGGGUCUUCACGGGUAGCAAACAAGUAAAUUCGCACAGAUAAGUUAGACGUCUUCGCUUUCACCAGAGUCUAAUCAGAUUAGUUACGAGAGAGAAAACAAGAGAAAUUCGUCUUUGACUGACUCACUGACUGCUGUGCUGCCUGUCAAUGCUUGAAAAGAGCACAAUUAUAACACGAACUUUGCAUUUUCUGAUUUUCUCGAAGUACUGCUCAACCACUACCAGCUCAAUAGCUUCAAAAUUCAGAUUUGUAUGUGGUCUGGAUAAUGUAGAGUGCUCAAGCAGAGAUAAUUUCCAAGAAAUUGUUUUUGGUGAGGAUGCCCCAAGGGGGACAGUUUACUGUGACAAUCCAUUCACAACUGGUACUCAAUAUUUUGAGGUCUUCAUGAAGAACAAAGCAAGGAAAACUGCAGUGGGGUUCCUAAGCAACAACAACACAACAGAAUACAUGAGAGACAAACCGAUUGGACAAAAAUUCCUAAGCAUGGGAGGCGCAGGGUUAAUCCAUCCCCUAGAAAUCUCAGCUGGAAAAUACACUCAAGGAGACAUGGUUAAAGCUGAAAUCAAUUUUCAAGAAAUGUUAGUGAAAUUCUAUGUGAAUGGGAAUUUUUGUGGAGAUGCACCCUGGGAAGGAGGCCCUCAGGCAUAUCCUGCUGUGUCAUCAGAUGGGGGACCAAAUACAUUAGAAGUUACUUUUUCAGAUGAUGCAUAGGCUAGAUGUAGCUGGGUGAGCAAUGUGUAUGUUACAUGGAAUGUACUUUAUAGAGAGAUAGUAACAAGCAUGCUCUAUCACAUUUCAGGCAAUCAGAAUACAGUAUAUCCAUCCUAUAUUUUACAAUAGAUACAUGAUUAAUAUUUAGUAAAAAUGUGACGAUGCAAAAACCUCUGCAAAAAAGGUUUCUUGUUAUCAGUUGCUUAAGUCUUUUGUAUUAACAGAAUUUAAGCACAUGAUCAACCAAAUGAGCACAUGACUCAAUAAUAUGUGAGUAAUUUGAUGUAUGUUUGCUAGCAAAUUGUCACACCAACUAUCUGUAUACAGUUUGGGCAAUAAAUAAUUUACUCAUGGAUUUGCUUAGUGAG